AUGCCUUUUCUCACCCGUGGAGAUCGUCUUGAAACCCAGCUUACCUUCGGGGGAAAACCUGAAUCUGACAACUCACUCUCGGGCUCAAAUAUAUACGAGGAAAAUCACAAACAUCCCCCUUUGGCAUCCAGUUCGUUGACGUCAACAUUCACAAUGGCUCUCCCAUCAGCAGCAACCACCCUGCGACAGUCUCUGCAGGACCCCAAGGCUUUCAUCACAGCCCCAGGAGUCUAUGAUGGCAUGUCCGCACGAUUGGCACUAGCCGCAGGAUUCGAAGCUCUGUACAUGACCGGCGCAGGAACCGCGGCCUCCGUGCAUGGCCAAGCCGACCUGGCCAUCUGCACGCUGAACGACAUGCGAGCGAAUGCCGAAAUGCUAGCCAACCUGUCACCACGCAUACCGCUCAUCGCGGAUGCCGACACCGGCUACGGCGGGCCGAUCAUGGUGGCCCGCACGACGGAGCAAUACGCACGGUCCGGCGUAGCAGCCUUCCACAUCGAGGACCAAGUACAGACGAAACGGUGUGGGCAUCUUUCUGGGAAACAGCUCGUCGACACAGCGACGUACACCAGCCGGAUCCGGGCGGCUGUGCAAGCGCGACAGCGCAUCGGAAGUGACAUUGUGAUCAUUGCGCGGACGGAUGCGCUACAGUCUUUGGGGUAUGAGGAGAGUGUUGCGCGACUGCGGGCGGCCCGGGAAGCAGGCGCAGAUGUUGGAUUCUUGGAGGGAAUCUCAUCGCGCGAGAUGGCCAAGAAAGUAAUUAAUGAUUUCGCUGGAUGGCCUUUGCUUCUGAAUAUGGUUGAGCAUGGGUCCACGCCAUCGAUUUCGUCUCAGGAGGCUCAAGAGCUCGGGUUCCGAAUCAUCAUUUUCCCCUUUGCGACAUUGGGCCCUGCUCUCACUGCCAUGCGGGAAGGUUUGGAGAAAUUGAAGCGGGAUGGAUUGCCUGGGCUGAAUAAGGAGUUGACGCCACAAAUGCUGUUUAGGGUCUGCGGGCUGGACGAGAGCCUGAAACUCGAUGCAGCUGCCGGUGGCGUCGCCUUUGAGGGUGGCGUGGAUCUGGGCGAGAAAUGA